AUGCCUCCCAGGAAGAGAGGAAAAGCAAAGACGGCCAAGGCGGCCAGUUCGAGUAGGCACACGAAGAAAGCUCCCCCUGCCGAUACUCCCAUAAAUACGCUUAAAUCCUCGGUACCCUUCGACACCAAUCGCGUACCCGUAGAUAUCCUGCGCGAAAUCCUCGACAUCCUCGAUGGUACGGAUGUCAAGCCGCCGCAAGCGCUCUACCGGUUCAUGCGGGUCUGUCGGCGCUUCAGCGACGUUGCCAGUGGUGCACACUCCCUGUGGGCUCAACAUGUGCUGGCGCCGAUGCUCAUCCCGGGAGAACGACGUUCUCAAGGCCACACGCUCCACGUCAGGAGGUUGAUCUCGGUAUUGACUGGGCGGGCGGGACCCGCGCCGCUACGGUUGCACCUUCCGUUCUUCCCAGGGACGAACCGCCUCAACGAAUUACUGGAGGACUUCCCCGCACUCUUCGCACGGACAUAUAGCAUCACAGCCGCGCUUCUUACCGGGGUCGUUGCCAUCGAGUUUUUCAAGUUUCUGCGGACGACGGACGUCUCGCGGGUUGAGAAGCUCUCCUUAUCUGCCGGAUGGCCCGCGCUUCAGGUCGAUAACUACGGCUUGGACUUCCCUUAUGUCGCAUCGGCGAGCCCAUUCAGCGAUCUCAACUUGCCUUCCCUCCGCGAACUGACGCUCGUCAACCUCCCUCCGCCCUGCGUCUUAAAAGGCCUGCACUCGCUAUCUGUCAAGUUCGAGCAUCACCGCCUACGAACGACCUCGAAGGAUUUCAUCGACUACCUCCGAGAUCUUACGCAGCUCACUCAUCUAAAGCUAGACGGAUGUCUCCUGGACGCGAACGGAGAGGCACAACCGAUCGAGCUGCCACAUCUCGCACACGUCGAGUUGGUCGUUGCGCCAGUGCCUUGCGCAUUCUUCCUCCAACACGUACAAUUCCCAACGACGACAGUCGUAUCCUGGCGCUACGAGAAAUGGAUCCGCAAUCACGUCAAUGAUCAGGAUCCUCUACCAAGUCUAUUCAAAGCCAUAAAUGAACGUCUUCAACCAAACCCGGAGCGUCAGUACAGGGCUGUCUUGCGAUUGAGCCCUGACGACAAAAACCAUCUAAACGCGCGCGACGGUCUUAGUAACGCCUUCUUCCCCUGGUCAUCACCAAAAUCGGGUCGCCUGACGUUCUCGCUCUACAAUCACUCCGACGGGAAUGUUGCGAUGCCCGCCCUCGAGCCGCAUGAGCAGGAUCUGGCACUCCGCCUGGAAUACCUGCACGAAGCAGAGGCGUUUUUGUCCGAUGAGUUAUUCCUUCAACUUGUGCAGCCUGGCAGAGUAUCGUCUCUCACAAUGUCUACGCUGGGCUGUGACGCCAGCGCCUUUGCUUCUCAUCGCAUCGCCGGGAUCUUACACUCGUUCCCCUCUAUCAAAGACUUCACCUGGACCAAUCUUACGACCUCCGAGAAACUAGCGCCCGUUAUCAAAGCCGUGCUCGAUCCUUCAGCGACACCGCUAUUGCGGUCGAUGCGCAUCUGCGAACUCGGACAUCGGGUUCGAGAUCAGUGGGACGUCAACGAUGCUGCGGUUGCGCUCGUCGCUGGCUUGCGCUCCAGAAGACAGGCGGGUUGCCGUUUGGAUGGCAUUCCCAAGGUAGAUGUAGUCUAUGAUCUUCUCCGCGGGGUGGAUAGGAAGAGUUUCAGACGGGGACCAAUUGUGCCGCUUGAUGAACGGCUGGGUGAGUUGUGGCGGAUGUUGGCCGAGGCGCAGGGGAAUGCUUGA